AUGGAUGUAAUAACACCACGAGUAAACUUUGGUCUCCUUAAUAGGUACAAGGGACGAAAAGUACGAUUAGUUGGACGCGUAAUACAGGAAGCUGGUCAUACCGUCGUUGUGGAGGCGUGCGACAAAGGACAAGUGUCCGUUCGCUUAAGACAGCCAAGUAAUCUCACAACUUACGUUGAAUUUGUUGGUCGAGUCAAUACCGAUUUGAGUAUCAAUGAGUUUGUUUUUACCAACUUUGGAGAUACUUUCGACUUGGAUCUUCAUAACAAAGUGGUAGAAUAUUGGCAACGAUUCCCCGACAUAUUUCCAACGGAAGAACUUCCCUAA